AUGCCUAAAAAACCUGCAAAAAAGGGAGGGAAAAAGCCUGCGGCCAAGAAGGCUGAUUCCGAUGAAGAACUGGAUGAAAAGAUGGCCGAUGUGCGACUCGAUGAUGAUGAGGAUCAUUUCGACGAGGAUCAUGAUGAUGAAGAAUUAAACGAAAAAGUUGUUAAGGAACCCGAGAAUGACGAGGUGGAAGACGGAAAGUCAGCUGGUGAUGCAAAUCAGCCGAAAGUUUCUCGGAAAGAAAUGAAGAAGAAGAAAAAGCUGCUGGAUUACGAAGCACAAAUGGAGUCGAUGACAAAGAAGGGUGGAUCUGGUCAUUCAACUCUGGAUGAGAACUUCACAGUUUCGCAGGCCGAACGCUCUGGGAAACGCGACGUCGAACUCGAUAAUGCAGUAGACAUUAAAGUAGAAAAUUUCUCAAUAUCCGCCAAAGGCCAAGACUUGUUUCUGAACGCAAGCUUACUCAUAGCUCAAGGUCGAAGAUACGGCCUCGUUGGACCGAAUGGUCACGGCAAGACAACUUUGCUGCGUCAUAUUGCUUCCCGUGCCUUGAAUAUCCCAGCAAAUAUCGAUGUCCUGUACUGCGAACAGGAGGUCGUCGUUGAAGAAAUCCCUGCUGUGGAAGUUGUUCUGAAGGCUGACGUGAAACGAACCGCUUUGCUGGAAGAGGCGAAAACGUUGGAAGCCUUGCAGGAAAAAGGCGACACGAAAGUGACCGGGAGAUUGAACGAAGUUUAUGAUGAAUUGAAAGCGAUCGGAGCUGAUUCUGCGGAACCCCGCGCUCGUCGAAUUCUUGCUGGUCUUGGAUUUUCGAAAUCUAUGCAAGAUAGAAAAACGAACCAGUUUUCCGGUGGCUGGAGAAUGAGAAUAUCUUUAGCUCGAGCUUUAUUUGUGGAGCCAACGUUACUUUUGCUAGAUGAACCGACGAAUCAUUUAGACUUGAAUGCCGUCAUCUGGUUAGACAAUUACCUUCAAGGAUGGAAGAAAACUCUUCUGAUUGUGAGCCACGACCAGAGUUUUCUCGACAAUGUAUGCUCGGACAUCGUUCAUUUGGACCAAUUGAAACUGCAUUAUUACAAGGGAAAUUACACCAUGUUCAAGAAGAUGUAUUCCCAAAAGAAAAAGGAAAUGCUCAAGGAGUAUGAAAAGCAAGAGAGGAAAAUAAAAGAGAUGAAAAAAUCCGGUCAGUCAUCGAAACAGGCGGAGAGAAAACAGAAAGAAGUGCUCACAAGAAAGCAGGAGAAGAACAAGACGAAAGCAGCGAAGGCUAAUGACGAUGAAAAUGGACCAGUUGAAUUGAUGCAACGGCCGAAGGAUUAUAUUGUGAAGUUUAGGUUUCCCGAUCCACCUCCUCUCCAGACAUCUGUUCUCGGAGCUUACGACGUAACAUUUGCCUAUGAUGGGCAGAAAUCGCUUUUCAAAAAGUUGGAGUUCGGUAUUGACAUGUCAUCUCGUGUCGCAAUUGUGGGACCCAACGGAGUAGGAAAAUCUACAUUCUUGAAAUUGCUAGUUGGCGAAUUAACCCCUCAACAAGGUGAAGUUCGCAAGCAUCAUACCUUGCGAAUAGGCAGAUUCGAUCAACAUUCAGGCGAGCAUUUGACAGCCGAAGAAACUCCGGCCGAGUAUUUGAUGCGCUUAUUUGACCUACAAUAUGAAAAAGCGCGGAAACAACUAGGGAGUUUUGGUUUGCCUGGGUAUGCCCACACCGUUCGUAUGAAGGAUUUGAGUGGAGGACAGAAAGCUCGUGUUGCCUUGGCUGAAUUGACCCUGAAUGCGCCCGAUGUUGUGAUUCUCGAUGAACCCACGAAUAAUUUGGAUCUUGAGUCGAUUGAUGCGUUAUCAGAAGCCAUCAACAGCUAUAAAGGAGGUGUGAUCAUUGUGAGUCACGACGAGAGGCUCAUCCGAGAAACAAAUUGUCAGUUGUGGGUCAUCGAAGAUCAGAAUAUUGUCGAAGUGGACGGCGAUUUCGAUGAUUACAGGAAAGAAGUUCUGGAUGCGCUGGGAGAAAUCGUCAGCAAUCCUAGCGUUAUUGCAAAUCAAGCUAACCAACAAUAG